AUGACUCUAGCUCGUAGAAGGCCUCGCGACCCGGACGAGUUCCCUACUAUUCAGCUUUUCAUCCUCGCUAUCGUUCGUCUUGCAGAGCCGAUCGCGCUCACAUCCAUCUUUCCCUAUGCCUGGCCCCUUAUCAAGCGGUUCAAGAUCGGAGACGAAAAUGAUGCCUCAUUCUACGCCGGCCUGCUCGUCUCGUCCUUCGCCCUCGCCGAAGCCCUGAUGGGCAUGUACUGGGGGGCCUCUCAGACCGAGUCGGCCGCAAGCCCCAUGAUCAUGGUCGGAUUCGCGACCAAUAUCUGGGUAGCGCUCCUUGGACGUGCCAUCGGCGGACUGUUGAACGGCAACAUUGGCGUCAUCCAAACCAUGGUCGGCGAGCUGGUAACAAAGUCUGAACACGAACCACGCGCAUACUCUAUCAUGCCGUUUGUCUGGAGCAUAGGCACUAUCAUUGGACCUUUUAUUGGGGGCACCUUCGCUGACCCCCACGAUGCCUUCCCCAACGUUUUCCCCAAGGGGUCUCUAUUUGAGAUGUAUCCAUAUCUGCUGCCCAACCUCAUCUGUGCCGGGUUGCUCCUCGUGAGCAUCCUGCUCGGAUACUUCCUCUUGGAAGAGACGCACCCGGACAUGCAGCCCCGUGUCAUGCUGCCUGACGACACGUUCCAAUCGGAGAACACGCCGCUGAUCGGAACGUCGGAUGCCUUGAAGCGGCCGGCCGUUGACCUCCGAGAUGACAACUACGGCUCGAUGCGGGGCCGAGGCUCGAGUGGCGGCAAAGCCUGGGCCAAGGAGACGGAGAAGCGCCCUACCGGCAGCGUCUUCUCCAAACGAAUCAUGGCUGUGAUUGUCUCUCUCUCCAUCUUCACCUACCAUUCCAUGACCUUCGACCAUCUCCUACCGAUAUUCUUCGAGGACGACAGAGCGCCCCAGGACUCUUUCCACGACGCCGUCAGCCACCCAAGUCCAUUUUACUCUCCUGGGGGUCUGGGACUCUCGCUCCAGGCGGUCGGCAUGGUAAUGGCGGUCCAGGGCGCCAUCGCCCUCUUCAUGCAGGCAGCCGUAUUCCCCAUAAUGGCCGAGCGAUUGGGAGUGUACCGCCUGUUCAUUUUCAUCACCGUGUUCCACCCGAUUGCCUAUAUCAUCGUGCCCUACUUGCUUCAGGUGCCGGAAUCGCUCUUAUACCCUGCCAUCUACGUCAUCCUCGCCGUCCGCAACUUCUUCUCUAUUCUACUCUACCCACUGCUCCUCAUAUUCAUCAAGGAGGCUACGCCGAGUCCGACAAUUCUGGGCAAAGUCAAUGGUCUUGCCGCGAGUGCAGGCGCUGCGUUCCGCAUGAUCGCCCCGCCAAUUGCCGGAUACCUCUACACCGUGGGCCGGAAGAUGGACUGCACGGCUCUAGCGUGGUACGGCAGCGCCAUCGUUGCCGUCAUUGGCUCGGUCCAAUGCUUUUGGGUGAUCCGGGACAAGAACCAUGAGCGACUAUCAAGCGACGAUGGUAUCCGAAGCACCGCCGCCGAAGAAGCGCCCCUCUUGGCGUGUCCUCCCUGA